AUGGAAAUCGAUGAAGCUCUAGAAUCGAUUGUUAAUGCCAGCGCUGAGACUCCAGAGCUAUUAUUAAGAUCAUGGCUUGAUAAAUUGUAUUUUGAAACCCCUCGACAAGGUUUGUCCUCUUCACACUUGAAAGCGUUAAUCAACUUCAUCUGCGAAUCAGAUCUGUUAUCCAUAUCUACCAAGUUCUACAUCGUCGAAAAUUGUUUGAUACCCAAUGACUACGUCAAUUUCGAAGUGAUAGAAGAAGUAGUUAGGCAUUUGGGUACCGCUAAUGCUCUUUCAGCCUACAGGUUACAAGUUCCAUCAAACCUUCAAGUGGCCCUUUGCAAAUGGUUAGUCCACAUCUUCUUCUUAGUAUUACCAACGAAUAAAUCGUUACCAUAUGACUCCGUUUGGAUUCAUCUGUGGCAAUACAAUUUUCUACAGAAGUGGCUGACCUACAUUGUUGUUUGGUCCACCAAAUCCGUUAGAGAUGUUCGACCUUGGAAGAUUGGCCUUUUGGAAAGAAUAGCAUGCAAAUCAGCUUAUACAGACAGUCAAGCAUGUGCUACGUUAAUUCUAAAAAGAUACGCUUCAUUAUUAGGCCCUUCUAAAUCUAUUCCAUCAGUGAUAUCAAGGAUAAAUUGUAAUGCAAGAAGACUCAGGACAUUGCAAGAACUGAAGCUAGAUAGCAUGUUCGUGGCCAAACUGAGAAAAGUGCUUACGAAUAACCUAAAUUUUACAGAUGAAAUGAUAAAUGAAUUGAUGUCUUCACAUUUGAAUCAACUGAAUUUCCAAUCACAACCCCAUGUUAUAUCCCGAUAUAAUUCUAGAGUUCCAAAAGGUAAAGUUUCCAUACUACAAAUGAGAUCCCUCGAUCAAUUGGCCUGGAAUUGGAACAUAUUAGUAGCUUCAAAAGACGUGGAACAAAUAACAAAUAACUAUAUUUCCUGGUUUUCGCUAUUCCAGCUAGCCAAGAAUGAUCCAGUUUGGAAAAUACUUGAAGAUUGGAUGCUAAUACAAUUGAGAAAAUGUUUCAAAAAUCAUACAAGAGAUUUUAGAGUAGUCAAGAAAAUCGUAAGGCUCUGUCAGAUUCAUCCUGUCUUCACAGAUAAAAUCUUCGAUGAAUUUUUAACCUACGAUUAUUUACGUGGUGAUCCCAUCCUAUUUCUUUAUAUCUACAGAAAUCUGACACCUUUACUCGUACCAAACCCUAGUUAUUUCAAAGAUCUUCAUAAGGAUGUUCUACAACUUUUAACGUUGUGCCAUCUCGACAAAGGUACCAAAAUCGAUAAGAAUACAACACCUCAGAUAUGCAACAGUUUACUCCUAUCAGUUCUCAAUUGGUUUGAGGAAGAUAUACAAGAGCUGAUCCCCCUGGGAUUGGAAUUUUUACACGAUUUUCGAAUACUGCUAACAGCUAACUUGAAUUACACUAUUGAAAAUCGUUCCAUCACCGCAGCCCUCAUAUUGACAUUAAAGAUUCUUCCAAAUAGUAAAAAUAAAGAGGAUUUCCAUUUGAAAAAAAUUGUGUUUCCGUUUAAUUUAAUGAAUAAGCUAAUUACAUAUGAUGAUCCAUUGCUACUAGACGCCUGCUGUGAAUAUUUAGUGAUAGUCAAAGAAUUCCUCACCAACAAAGAAGGUUCUAACAAAUACGUACAGGGACAAAAUCUUCAUAUCAUGGAUCUCACAAAUUAUUUAUGGAGAAACAAAAUUUUGGGCUCCAAGAAAUUCCUUGAUGUACCCAAUGAAUUUGUAAAAAGCGUUUUGGACAAUUUAUUCCUACCGAAUGUCAAGGACAGGACAAAAUUUCCCUUUUCUAUCACAGGAGUACCUGCAUUAUCGUUUGUUUUUGGAGCCAAAUUAUCUGAACUAGAAAAUGAUCAUUCUAAUAUUCAUUACUCAGGUUUGGUUAACGAAGAAGGCUUUAAGAAAUUUACUAGAGAGAUUGGAAACACUACGGUACAAUGGAUCCCUGAUAUACAAAAUGCAGACGAUCUGAAAAUCGCAGUUUUGAAAUAUAUUUCCAAUGGCGGUCCAUUUCAACAUAUUCCACUAUUUCUGUUCACUUUCUUGAAAAGUCUGUCUCAUUAUAUUAACGAUUAA